CUUCCGUCUCCGUCUUCCUCUUGAGCUUCCAACUCGUCAUCUUCCUCACGACAUCCAAAUCGCAAGCCUUCUCCCCCGGAAUCCUCCCGAACUCGGGGGGCCGCGCCAUUCGAUCCAGCGCCGACCCGCCGAUCCUCCGCGGCAUGGAGGGGGCCGAUCACCUGUACCCGCCGAUCGAGCCGUACGACCUCGACCCCCCGCAACUCGGCGACGCCGCUGCCGCUGCCGCCGGCGACGCUAGGGUUUCCGACCAGCCGGUCAGGUGGGACGACGAGCCCAAGGAGGGAACCCACACAUGUCAGCAAGGGACAAAAGACAAUCCUGACAGAAACGAUACGGAUGACAGCCCUGGUGUCGUCGACGUUUACGAGUGCGAUGGUGAAAUGACCGCCUCAAAGGAAUCAGGAGAGAACAGGUAUUAUGAUUGCCCACUUCGUGAGCAAACCGGCAUCUGGGUACCUCCUUCUGUCCCGCCGAUGACAAAACAUGAUCACGAGGAGUGGCAGAAGGGCUUUGGCUCAAACAGUGGGUACUUCAUAGACGAAGAAUGGGAUAUAGAUGAGGACAUUAGGGAGAUGACAAUGUGGGAUGUGUUCUCUGAGAUGGCUGCUGCGGGAAGAGAUAAAUUAUUAUCUGUUGCAUCGUUUGAUUUAGGGAGGCAUAGCAUGUCUCUAAUAUCUCAUUUUCUUCUUCAAGCGGCUUUGGAGGAUAAGACUCAAACACUUGCAGAGGCCAGUGUUGGUUCUGAACGUGCUCUGCUUGAGACAGGACCGACAAAGUGGCUUCCUGACAGUGCUGCUCCCUCUUGCAUGCUUUGUGGAGCACGAUUCCAUCCAAUAAUUUGCACACGCCAUCACUGUCGUUUUUGCGGUGGGAUAUUUUGUGGUGGCUGUUCAAAAGGUAGAAGCUUGAUGCCUCCGAAAUUUGGAACUUCUGAUCCUCAAAGGGUCUGUGAUGUUUGUGGAGUACGUCUUGAGUGUAUUCAGCCUUACUUGAUGAACCAGAUCAGCCGUGCUUGCCAACUUCCGACUAAAGAUUUGACAGACCUUAGCACCUUGAGGUCAUGGAUAAACAUCCCAUGGGCACACACGAUGGAGUAUGAGAUUUACAAGGCUGCAAAUUCUAUUCAUGGGUAUUGUAAGAUUGGGAAGCUGAAUCCGGAGAAGUCCAUCCCUGAUUCAAUUCUUAGACAAGCAAAAGGGCUUGCUAUUAUUACUGUAGCAAAGGUUGGAAUGAUGGUCACAUACAAAAUUGGUACCGGGCUGGUUAUUGCUCGCAGAGCUGAUGGUACCUGGUCACCUCCUUCAGCCAUAUCUACUUGUGGCAUUGGAUAUGGAGCUCAGGCUGGAGGUGAGUUAGCUGACUUUAUCAUUGUUCUGAGGAACACUGAUGCCAUUAAAACAUUCAGUGGAAAUGCACAUCUGUCACUUGGGGCUGGCAUUGGUGCUUCUGCUGGUCAUCUUGGACGGGUGGCAGAGGCUGAUUUUCGUGCCGGUGAUGGUGGUUAUGCUGCCUGUUACACAUACAGCUGUAGCAAAGGUGCCUUUGUUGGAUGUGCACUCAAUGGAAGUGUGGUAUCAACUCGAAACUCGGAAAAUGCCCGAUUUUAUGGCGGUCCAGUUAAGGCAUCAGAAAUCCUACUUGGUUCAAUGGCCAAGCCACCUGCUGCCGCCACUCUCUAUAAAGCCCUAUCCAUGCUAUUUGAGAAGAUUGGAAAUUAGCCAUUGUCUUUAUGUUCCUGACACAAAUUGUGCCCCCAGUUAAUCCAUCAGAAAUCCUACUUGGUUUACUGGCCACUCUCCAUAAAGCCAUAUCCAUACCACUAGAGAAAAUCGAAAAAUAGUCAUUGCCUCUAUGUUCUGACACAUUGUGCCCCCCCUGUUCCUUACCUUUCAGGCUUCACUAUCUGUAGGUAAUUUGUUUCUUUGCUUAUUCGUGGAUGUCGGUUAAGCAACUGUACAGUUUGCCAUUCCUUGGCACAUCAUUCUAUCCAGUGCCUGAAACUACUUGUAAAUGUUGUACAUAACCAUUGCGUGAGAAAUGAAAGGAAAAAAUUCUUCCUCAA